AUGCUUCUCGUCGGAACCUCUCCCAACCUCGCCUUCUACGCCUGGAGACUCUCCUCGUUGACCACCCCGAUGGUGGUCAACCCCUCGUUGGACCCAGCAGCCCCCGUCACGUUCACGUCGCCGUCCCUUGCGCCCAGAACGACGUCGUUCCACCCCCAGAUCUAUCCCUCCAUCAAGGCCACGCCUCCUUCGUCCCACGACAUCGUCAUCAUCGCUGCAUCGUCCCUCCAGGACUUCCAGACCACCUGCACCGAUCUCGUGCCCUUGGUCACGGAAAACACCCUCAUCAUCGUGGAAAGCUCGGGGUACAUCAACUUGGAGCCGUUUGUGCAGAUGAGCUUCCCUCCCAAGUUGCGCAACAUCUACGUGGCGUCGAUCAUGAACGAGAGCGACGUGAGAAUCACGGGACGUAACAGCUUCCACCACAGCUUGCGCAACUCCGGCGACUCCAGAAUCUAUCUUGGUACCACCAUGGCGUCCUCCAAGGACACUUCGCGCAAUAUUGGCUUCCAGAAGAUGUUCCAGAUGCUCCAAUCGGUACUGGAAGACUCGCAGGGCGCCAUCAGUUUGUUGCGGUCGGUGAACCCCAAGGAGUUCAUGACCUACCAGUGGAAAUUGGCGUUGCCCAGAAUCGCGUUCUGGUCGCUCUCCAUCAUCUUUGAGUCGGAGUUCCCGGAAAAAUUGGCCACCCAGAUCUUGUGCAAGCCCUUGAUUUCAGGGAUCAUCAACGAGUGCUUCAAAAUCAUCAAAAAAAUGGACUGCAAGUUGGUAAAGGGAAGUGAAAGUGAGGCCAACAUUUUACGUGGUCAGCUGGAAAACUUUCCAGUCACCAAGAAUAAUGCAGACUUCAUGAACUCGAACUCGUUACUCUACAACUUCAGCAAUGGUUAUGAUCUAGAAGUCGACUUGUUGUUGUUGCAACCGAUCUUGUUGGGUGACGAUAACAGUAUCAGAACCCCAUAUUUGGAGAAUUUAUACUCCAUGUUAUGUCAGUACGUCAAGGUCAACGAUGGAAAAUCCAUCUUUUUCGAGAAGAAAGAUGGACAAAAAAAGACUUCUAAAGAUAGUGCACACGCUAGCGCAGUUAACAAAGAUUUAGCUGACAAGAUGCAACAGUUGAAACUCUUGAAUGGAAAUAUUGCAGACAAGACCCAAGAAAUCAAAGCAUACGAUUCCAACCUCAAGCAGCAGCAAGUAGUGAAGAUCGAACUUGAAAACACUAUAGUUCAAAACGAAAUCAAGCUCCAAGAAUUGAGCAAACAAGUCAAGGAAGCAGAGAGAAGCUUGAAUGCAGUACAGAUGACACAUGCGUCUAAACUUAAGGAAUUAGAUACUCUCCAAAAUUCAAAACCUGCUACUCCUCCUACUGUCAAACCGCAAGAAACACGCAAUACUGCUAGUGUUAGUCCACCCAGGAUCCGGAACAGCGUCCAGAAAAACAGAGAGUCGGUGCAGCCCAACGAUAAUUUGGAAGAUUUGGCGGACAUUGCCAUGUACGGAGCUAACUUGAACAGUGACAGCUCAUCCAAAUCCAAGACUGCCAGCUCUAGGAGUACUCCUCAAGUAAGAGAUAAUUCAUUCUCUCCAGUUGUACAACAACAAGCGCCUCAAUCUUUGCAUUCUGGCUCUCAAGGAGGUUCACAGCACAGCUCUCAGCAAGAUUUCUCGUCCCAAGGUGUGAAGGGGUACGUGCCAAAUGGCCCUCAACAAAACGGAUACUUGCAAAAUGAUGACAGCCAGUUUCAGUCUAACCAAAACUAUCCUCAGCCACAUCAACAAGGGCAAAAUCCAAAUUCCUACUAUAGGGGUCAAACGAGUCUCGGUCAUCAACCUGCGCAAUCCUACAGCGAUGACCAAGGUGCUUACCCGUCAGCACCUGAAAACUUUGUCAACACUCAAGCUGCACAGAGACAAUACCAUCCAUCGCAAUAUCCAAAUGCUCCUCAACAUGCUCCAGUUGGGUACCAGCAGUCGCCAAUAGAGCAACUUCCGCCGCACGGUUUGCCUUCAAAUGGCUUACCUUCAGGUCAAUUUCCUCCAAAUUUGCGUGGAAGUGGAUCUAUCGUGUCAAAUGUGAAUAGAUACCAGCAAUAUCAAAACGGCAUGAACCCUAACGGGCCGAUUGGACAGUCAGGGCCACAAGCACCUGGAGGAUAUCAAGGUCAUCGCCAAAGGGUUAGUUCCGGUCCCCAAUCUGUCCAUUCUUCCUAUUAUGAAGGAGCAAAUGGCUUCAAUCAACCAGUUAGUUUUAAUAAUGCCGCCCCUAUUGACCCCAUGGUCGAGCAAAGAUUCAAAAACAAUCCUAAGAGAUCCAACCGUCGUUCAGCGUUCCCUCAAAUGAACGGUAACUUGGAUGGUUUGGAUAUGGGUGGCCGUGGAGGUAUGCCAAUGUCUGGAAGCAUUACGAACCAGCAGAAGCACAAGUCAAUGAGCCAAUUGCCACCUGCAAACUUUGGGCAUAUGAUGCAAAGAAAAUCCAUGAACAAUUCAAACAACCUUGUGAUUCCCCCACUUAAUGGAUCUUCUAGCCAGAAUUUCCUUCAACCUCCUGUCAUGAACGAUUCUAAUGCCUCCAGCAACUCCUCCACCAACAGUAACGACACUCCAAAAACUAGCAACAGCGGAGAUCAUAAUGAAGUUUCCAUUUCUAUUCCAGUGCCACAAGUCGAUGCUAAGCCCUUAGGGACGAUUGGACCACAGGCUUCAUUGACACCAGAAAAGAAAAAGAGAGGCUUCUUCGGAAAAAAGAAGUAA